GGGGACGGCUUUGCAAUUAAGCUAAAGCUUUUGACUUCGCCUACCUUGUUAAUCGUUUUUUCUCUAAAGCGUUGCAAUUAAGCUAAGCUUUUCGAAUUCUACUAUCGUUUUCCAAAUUUGGUUUUCUCCUUUGGGGUUUUCUCUCUGUUUGGCUAAAUUUUGUGAGGAAGUGAAGGAAGAAAAACCAAGAAAUGACCGAUUGGGUUGAUUUGGGAGUAGGUUCUGUUGGGGGAGCUUUGGUCUCUGAGGCUCUAAAAUUAGUGAUCGAAGAGGCAAAGAAGUUCAAAUCUUUCAAACCCUUGUCCAAGGAUCUCGUAUCGACGAUGGAGAGAUUGGUUCCGUUGACCGAAAAGAUCGAUUCGAUGCAAAACGAGCUAGACCUUCGCGUGGGUGAGCUAAAGGAACUGAGGGAUACGAUCGAAAGAGCUCGCGUACUGGUUCUCAAGUUUCCAGGGGUCCGAUGGUACCAGAAAACUAUAUAUGCCAGAAAAAUUGAGGGAAUCAAUGAGGAGAUGGUCAAGUUUUGUGACAUUGAUCUACAGCUUCUUCAGUAUAGGAACCAGUUGUCACUGCUGGAAAAGGUGGACGGUCUAAGUAGGAGAAUGGAUGGCUUGAGUGUUCCUGUGCCCGUUUUUAGGGAUCUUUGUUCUGUUCCCAAGCUUGACAAGGUACUCGUCGGUUUGGAUUGGCCAUUGAUGGAGCUAAAGAAGAGACUCCUUGACAGUGCCGUGGUUAAUCUUGUGGUGUCUGCUCCUCCCGGCUGCGGGAAGACCACGCUCGUUACUCAGCUUUGCCACGACCAAGAGAUUAAAGGAAAGUUCAAGCAUAUCUUCUUUAAUGUUGUGUCAAGUACUCCUAACUUUAAGGUCAUAGUACAGAAUCUACUCCAGCACAACGGUUACCCUCCACAUACAUUUGAGAACGAUUCUCAAGCAGCUGUUGGCUUAAGAAAACUUCUUGAGGAACUCAUAAAAGGUGGUCCUGUAUUGUUGGUUUUGGAUGAUGUGUGGAGUGGAGCGGAGUUCUCGCUUCUUAAGGAAUUUCGGAUUACGUUACCAGGUUAUAAGAUUUUGGUGACUUCUCGGUUUGAAUUUCCGAGCUUUGGUUCCAGUUAUCAUUUGAAACCUUUAGAAGAUGAAGAUGCCAGAGCCCUUCUCAUUCAAUGGGCAUCGCGGCCUUAUAAUGCGUCUCCAGCUGAGUACGAAGAUCUUCUCCAAAAGAUAUUGAAACGUUGCAGUGGAUUCCCAAUCGUAAUUGAAGUAGUCGGCGUUUCACUUAAAGGACAACCUUUACAUAUAUGGAAAGGCCAGGUGGAAAGCUGGUCUCAAGGGAAAACAAUUCUUGAUAAUCCUCAUUCUACUGUGCUAGAUCGUCUGCAGCCUAGCUUCAGUGCCCUGGAACCCCAUCUCAAAGAGUGCUUCUUGGACAUGGGCUUGUUUCUCGAGGACCAAAAGAUACGUGCUUCUGUCAUAAUUGACAUGUGGAUGGAACUAUACGGUAAAGGUAGCACUAAUAGUAGUUACGUGUACAUGAAAUACCUCAGUGACCUUGCUUCCCAGCAUCUGCUUAAACAUAUUCCUCUCGGAAAUGAGCACGAAGACGGUUUCUACAAUGAUCUAUUAGUCACUCAACAUGAUCUCCUGAGGGAGCUGUCUAUUUAUCAAAGCGAAUUGGAAGCAAUCUUGGAAAGGAAAAGACUAAAUUUGGAGAUAAGAGAGGACAAAUUUUCAGACUGGUUUUUGAACCUAAAGCAGCCUAUAAUUAAUGGCUCUUUAUUGUCUAUCACUACGGAUGAUUUUUUCUCAUCGAAGUGGGUUGAAAUGGACUGCCCCAAUGUCGAAGCUUUAGUUCUUAAUCUCUCUUCACCAGACUAUGCAUUACCAAGCUUCAUUGCUGGGAUGAUGAAGCUAAAGGUUCUGAUAAUCAUAAAUCACGGUUUUUAUCCAGCAAGAUUGAGAAAUUUCUCGUGUCUCAGCUCAUUACCACACCUGAAUCGUAUCAGAUUAGAGAAAGUUUCAAUCACUUUGCUAAACAUUCUCCAAUUGCAACUCGGCAGUCUCAAGAAGCUGUCUUUGGUCAUGUGUAGUUUCGGUGAAGUUUUCUACGACAUAGAAGAAAUAAAUGUCUCUAAAGCUCUGCCGAGUUUACAGGAGAUUGACAUAGACUAUUGCUAUGAUCUUGAUGAAUUACCGUAUUGGAUCUCAGAAGUGGUUUCAUUGAAAACACUUAGCAUCACAAAUUGUAGCAAGCUCUUUAAACUUCCUGAAGCUAUAGGCAACUUGAGUAAGUUGGAAGUGUUGAGGCUGAGUUCUUGUAUCAAUCUCUCGGAGCUGCCUGAAACGACCGAGAGACUCAGCAACUUGCAGUUUCUGGAUAUAUCUCAUUGCUUAGGACUGAGAAAGUUGCCUCUAGAAAUUGGGAAGCUGCAGAAGCUGAAGAAGAUGUCGAUGAGCAAGUGUUGGAGAUGCGAGUUGCCAGAUUCAGUGAGGAAUCUAGAGAAUCUGGAGGUGAAAUGCGACGAAGAAACUGUGUUGAUCUUGUGGGAAAAGUUGAAGCCAAAAAUGAAAAAUUUGAGAGUUCACGAGGAGGAAACAGAGCAUAAUCUGAACUUGCUUCAAAUGUUUUAAGGUGUGACUGUGAGUGAAAGAACAUUUUCAUAAAGUCUGUAACGUUUCAGAAACGCGUUUUGUUUUGAGGGCCCUUAUGAUAUCGUAUGUCAAGGCUUAUUUGAGUGACGAUUUCUCUUGACGAUAUGGACGGGAAGACCCAAACGCAAUUUCCAGGUAAUUGCGUAGCAAUGCGAAAGAAUUGUAGUGAUGUCAAGCGUUGUAUUGUAGUGAUGUCAGAUAAUUGUAAAAGCUUUUCUCAGAAACGCGUUUUGUUUUGUGGGCCCAUAUUAUCAAGGCUUAAUUUGAUGAAUUCUUUUGACGCAAACGCAAUUUCCAGGUAAUUACGCGCCAAAUGCGAUGCAAUGCAGGAGGCAGGAGGCAGGAGUCAACGGCUAUGGGAUUGCUUUCCUUUAAAGCUUUUGACUUGUCUAUCUUGUUCAGAAUUUGAGUGUGUUUUGUCUACUUUUUUGCUGAUUUCUGUGAGCUGAAAGAAGAGAAACAAGGAUGAGCAAGACGGCUGAAAUAGUCAUAGGUGCUGCUGGAGGAGCUGUAGCAUCUGAGCUCCUGAAAGCCGUGAUCAAGGAAGCGAAGAAGGUGUUGUCGUUCACAUCUGUGUUAACGACGCUCGCAUCGACGAUGAAGGAAGUGCAUCCGAUAAUCGAACAGAUCGAGUCGCGGCAAGAUCCUGAGGAACUAAAGACUCUGAUUGAUACGAUCGAUAAAGCUGGUGCGGUUGUACUGGAGUGUUCCCGCGUCAAGCGAUGGGAUGUAAUCUCAAAAUCUAUUUAUACAAGAAAAAUUGAGAAAAUCAAUAGGAAGUUUCUAAGCUUUUGUCAGAUUCAAGUACAGCUAUUUCUGCUUAGGAACCAAGGGCUGAUUGAGCAUACCGUGGAAGACCUUACAAAUUCUGUCCAAGCCCUUGAACUUUUGAUUGCUCAAGCACCACCUGUUUUUAGGAGGGAUCUUUGUUCGGUUCGCAAGCUUGAUUUAGUUCCUGUUGGAUUGGAUUGGCCAUUGAUGAAGCUAAGAAAGAAGCUCCUUUAUGAUUCUGUGGACAGUCUUCUGGUGUCCGCUCCUCCGGGAUGCGGAAAGACCACGCUCGUUACUCAGCUUUGCCACGACCAAGAGAUCAAAGGAAAGUUCACGCAUGUCUUCUUUAAUGUUGUGUCAAGUACUCCUAACUUUAGGGUCAUAGUACAGAAUCUACUCCAGCACAACGGUUACCCUCCACAUACAUUUGACAACGAUUCUCAAGCAACU